UAUGCUCUUUGGUAGCGCUCUUUUUUCAUAACAUCAUUCAUCAUGUAUUCGUGAAAUAGCAAAAAUGUGUCAUCUAAAUUAUAAAAAUGUCGUUAAAUAGCAGAAAUGUCCGAUCGGCACCAUUUGACGGGUUGGGCUGCUGCUGGCAGAGCACACCACCGUUAGUGGAAACUCCAAAAUAAAGGCAACUGUAUGUGAAGCGUAAACUGAAACCUAAAACAAUGGCCGCACAACUGGAAAACGUCGGAGUGUACCUGGCCCGAAGCAGCCCCGUCCUGAGCGAGUACCGCUACGUCACCAGCGUCAACGAGUCCUCCAUGCUCUGUAUUGUGGAGUCUGAUGUCAGCCACUCCAUUAGCUGUCACACCUUGUUCCAGACUUGGCAACCUUAUUUACCGGACAAUUGCCUGAAACUCGGCGGCGCGAGUAAGUUGUCUCAGAGCUCCGAGACCACGUUGCCCCCCGUAUGGACGCCAACCGACUUUAUGCCCAGUAGAGGCUCCCUAGGGAGCCAGCAGCUGUUCAGCGUUAGCAAAACUGCUCAGGACCUUAUCAAUGACUACUUAGAACAAGAAACAAACCCUAGUCGCCCAGUCACAGUAUACCCUAAGAGAAAAAUAAAGCUUAACCAAGAGUCACAAUCUAAUAUCGAUGUUACCCCCAGUUCAAAUAAAAGCAGUACACAUGCAUUAGACCAGAUUAUUGACUCUACACCCAUUGGUAAUAUUAGUGAAAGUACGGGAGUCGACGCCGUAACAAUAUCAUCCACCGACCACUUCCGGGUCCAAGCGUGUACAUCUCAAAACGAGGCUUCGAAAAAUCGAGGACAUGUCAAAGCCAAGGUCGCAGCCAGAUCGGCCAAGUCCAUCACUCACCGCCACCAGAGCAGGAGCUACAUCCGCCGGUGCCACGCGCACACAUGGGCCUCCAGGUCCCAGCCGGUCCUCGACCAAUCUGACUCCACGGGCUGUUCAUCCUUAGCGGCCGCAAAGUCACUGGGCGAAGCGUUGGCAGCAAAACUACAAGCACUAUUAUAUUCAGGCGGAACAAAGUGCCAAAACCCUCUAUGCAAAAAUAAAUCAAUUAGUGAUAAGCAAAACGAAAACAAUAACUGUCCAGGAGGUGCAUUGUGCUACAAAUCGGUGUCACAAAAAUCUUAUUUUAACCAAGAUGUGACUACUACUGUGAAUAAAAACAUUUCCAAUGCUCAAGAUCAUCCACUUUGCAAGCCGCCAUGCAUAGGGUUACUUUGUGGCGAACGUUCUAAAUGUAAUGAGCAACUGAACAAAAACACUCCUACGGAAGUAAACAUUUCCGAGCCUCCCAGUCCUGCAGAAACACAAUCUCCGCCCCUUGUACCGCCACUAUUAAAAGGGUACUGCACAGAUUCUGAGAAUUACAGAGUCAAGACACCCGAGUCACAAGCCCGAGUUGCGAGUUCAGCGACCAUUGUAUUGAAGUCCAUAAACGAAUCCCUUGCCCUACUAACCAGCUGCCCAGGUGCUUAUAAAAUCAAGGACACUUGUAAGACAUUUGAGCAGCAAUGCCCUUCGAUUUCGCCAAGUGCUGUUUCGUUGUCUUCACGUUGUCCACCAUCUCAAGUACCUCCAAGCGGAAGAUUAAAAGGCUUAAAAACGCGGAACGUACGCACCGGGUCAUGCUUGCCCAGCCCCGCUCUAUCGUUCUCUUCUACAAGAAUCCGGGGACGUGUACAAUCUAGGCAAAAGCAAAAUACUUCGAAAAACUUGCGAAACAUUGACGUAGGAGCCAACCGGCCUCUCAGUGACACAAAUAAAUCUCAAUGUUGCGGUCCAUGUUGUCCGUUCUCGCGACCUGCGCAAUCAAUACUAGGCACAGGCACGCGACCCGAGAUCAUCCAUACCACGCAGGCCUGUGGUGAUGACUAUAUGCCAAAAAAAACCGAAUGUUUAGCUGCUUGUGCACAAGCUGGCCGAUCUGCAAAGUAUAUAAUCUCUGGAAUAAAACCAGGACAAGUUGAGAAAUCCACAUCAAGAUGCAAAACCAAUGCAACAAAGUCGGUUGAUACUGUUGACUGCUGCGCAUGUGUUACAUCUGCGAAAUCUCUUGGGGAACGACACACAAACACAGAGCAAUUAAAGUCUAGUACCGCUACCGGGCUUGGACCGUGCUGUGGGGACCUAGGACUGAGCAGCGUCCAGCAACGCGGAAGUGAUCCGGGACCCGAAUUAGGAUCCGGUGAAAUUGAUGAAUCAGAUUCAUGCUAUGUGAUAUUCAAGAGAACCAAGACUGACUUAUUACGUCCUUCUUGUGCUCAUAAAAGACUGAGAAAACCCGAAGAGAAAAAAUGUUUAUGUACAGGGAAAUCUAUUGACAAUGUAUCGAAGAUACCCGCUAUAAAAAUAUCUCGAUCAGUUGCGUAUAAAACAAGAACAGCAACCAAAAAAUCCACUUUACGAUCUUGCUGCAGCUGCACAGCAGAGGUGCAGGCAAAAGCCAACAUUUCGAGUAGCAGCAUUGGCGUCGGAUCCGAUAUUUGCCUGGAGAGACCAACGCGUAGUGUCCCGACGAAUACAUCCAAGUGUGACAUCGGUCCAGACCAAGUAAAACCUAAAUGCUGCAAAACAGUAGAAACCCAUAUGAAUACACCCCAGGGUGCCAUCGAUCCAGACCCAGUAAAUACGGCUAAACGAAAAAAAACUACGAAUACAAUGCUCGAUAAAUGCAAAGCUUUUUACGCUAACUGUCGUAGUUGUUUUGAUAAAUGCAAAGCUUUUUACGCUAACUGUCGUAGUUGUAUUGAACGCCGUUCAAAAAUGAGUCCCGACAAGAUUCCAUCAAAUAAUGAAUCUAGCAAUCAGAACCCAGCUACAAGUGACACGUGCCCGUUUGGUGACCAAUCACAGGCAAUUAAAAGCCAGCCUGCCACCCAACAUGCGUCUGAAAACAAGUCACGUCGUGAGAAACCCUACUGCACCAAAUUAGAUAAUGAGACAGAACCCAGAAGCCAAGCACAGAACAUCGAUACCCAAAUGCAACGCUGCAUCAAUCCUUCUUGUCCAUUCACAUCCUCCCAGACAAACAACAGAACCCAGACGAGCAAAAUUCAAACAAACAACCGUACCCAGACGAGCAAAAGUCAAACGACAUCCGUAGAGACCUGUAAAAAUCCAUGUUGUCCUUUCAAAUGUCCACAGUUAUCUGAUAAUCGAAUGUCAAUAGAGAGCUAUGGCGAUCCUGAAUUUCCGAUCCGAUCCGGAACCAAUUAUCCGUAUGAUCAAGUCUGCCAGGAUGACAGUGCAUCCAGCAGCAGCGCGUCAAGUUUGAAUUCUUCAGAAAGCGUCAGCUCUUUAAAAUCAGCUAAUUCGGCAAAACAACCCAAAGUAAAGCCACCAAAAACGCCAAAAGCUUCUAAAGCUCCAAAAAAAUCAAAUCAAGCUGGAUCGGUUCAAACCCCAUGUCCUAUUUGUCAGCAGAAACUAAAACCUGCAAAAGUAAAGUCACCUAAAUCAGCAAAAGUUUCAAAACCAGCUAAAUCGGCUGAAUUCCCAUGUGGUGUAUAUCAGCAGAAUAUAAUGUCUUCCGACAGAAUAGUACAAGGAACCGAUUGUCCGUGUGCUCAAGUCUGCCAGAAUGACAGGGCACCCAGCAGCAGCGCGUCAAGUUUGAAUUCUUCAGAAAGCGUCAGCUCUUUAAAAUCAGCUAAUUCGGCAAAACAACCCAAAGUAAAGCCACCAAAAACGCCAAAAGCUUCUAAAGCUCCAAAAAAAUCAAAUCAAGCUGCAUCGGUUCAAACCCCAUGUCCUAUUUGUCAGCAGAAACUAAAACCUGCAAAAGUAAAGUCACCUAAAUCAGCAAAAGUUUCAAAACCAGCUAAAUCGGCUGAAUUCCCAUGUGGUGUAUAUCAGCAGAAUAUAAUGUCUCCCUACAGAAUAGUACAAGGAAGCGAUUAUCCGUGUGCUCAAGUCUGCCAGGAUGACAGGGCACCCAGCAGCAGCGCGUCAAGUUUGAAUUCUUCAGAAAGCGUCAGCUCUUUAAAAUCAGCUAAUUCGGCAAAACAACCCAAAGUAAAGCCACCAAAAACGCCAAAAGCUUCUAAAGCUCCAAAAAAAUCAAAUCAAGCUGCAUCGGUUCAAACCCCAUGUCCUAUUUGUCAGCAGAAACUAAAACCUGCAAAAGUAAAGUCACCUAAAUCAGCAAAAGUUUCAAAACCAGCUAAAUCGGCUGAAUUCCCAUGUGGUGUAUAUCAGCAGAAUAUAAUGUCUUCCCACAGAAUAGUACAAGGAACCAACUAUCCGUGUGCUCAAGUCUGCCAGGAUGACAGGGCACCCAGCAGCAGCGCGUCAAGUUUGAAUUCUUCAGAAAGCGUCAGCUUUUUAAAAUCAGCUAAUUCGGCAAAACAACCCAAAGUAAAGCCACCAAAAACGCCAAAAGCUUCUAAAGCUCCAAAAAAAUCAAAUCAAGCUGCAUCGGUUCAAACCCCAUGUCCUAUUUGUCAGCAGAAACUAAAACCUGCAAAAGUAAAGUCACCUAAAUCAGCAAAAGUUUCAAAACCAGCUAAAUCGGCUGAAUUCCCAUGUGGUAUCUGUCAGCAGAAAUUAAUGUCUUCCAAAAGUUCAAUUCAUUCAAUAUCAGCUACGUCGGGGAAUUCAUCGAAAGUAAAGUAUCCUCCAAUUAUUUCACCUGGAGAGUCACCUAAACCUAUACGUAGAACCGUGGUUAAAUUAAAAGAUCCUGGCAGUUACAAGCCCGACCAAGAAGGAGUAAUCAGCGUAGAGCAAUACGAGAAAAAUAAAAGAAAGAAGAAGAAAACUAAGCAACAGUCCACAGAUAUCUGUUUGCCGAUCUGUCGCCAAGAUAAGAAAAAUAAGAAGGAACGAUUUCAAGUGGUUGACUGUGUCAAAGUGUCCAGAGCAGUUAAAGGUGCUAUCAUUAGAUGCCAGUGUGCGAUACCAGGUUCCAGAGCAGUUAAAGGUGCUAUCAUUAGAUGCAAGCGUCUGAUACCAGGUUCCAGAGCAGUUAAAGGUGCUAUCAUUAGAUGCAAGCGUCUGAUACCAGGGUCCAAGGCAGUUAAAGGUGCUAUCAUUAGAUGCGAGUGUCCGAUACCAGUAACUAAAAGUUCAAAGGAACGUGUUGUACCAUGCGUGAUUAACACCACAGGGUCCAGAGCAGUUAAAGGUGCUAUCAUUAGAUGCGAGUGUCCGAUACCAGUUGACUUUCAAGUGCUCUAA